UAGUUAAUGUUGCGAAUCUUUACACAUCUCGAUUGCAGAUCCAUUGCGAUAUUUACUGUCAGCAUAAUGGUGUUUAUUUCAAUAUGCUGUUGGUGCGGACUAGUCCUUCUCGCUUGGUGGUCGCCACCGAAAUGCGAUCCAAGAGCUUCCGGCUUAAUUACGGCCGACGAUCAAUUGUUGCCGGCUUAUGUCAUGGAGGUUGCCCAUCAUUUGCAUGGGAUACCUGGCCUUUUUAUUUCCGGAAUUUUUGGCGCGGCGCUCAGUUCAUUAUCAGUAGGCUUCAACUCGACUUCCGUUGUGAUUCUGGAGGACUUUGUUAAAGGUUGCUUUAAAAUGAAGCCCAACGAUCGCUGUUCCACGAUUUUCGUGAAAACCCUUAUCAUCCUGUUCGGUUUGUUGGCGCUAUGUUUGCUUUUUUUGAUCGAGAAACUAGGAGGGGUUUUAGCUGUAACGGGUAGUUUGGCCGCCAUCGCUGCCGGAACUUCCUUUGGCGUAUUUACUCUGGGAAUUCUGUUUCCGUGGACAAAUUCUAAG